UUCUUUUUUUUCUUGCUACACAAAACCCAUUGGCUGCUUCUUGGACUAGGCUGAGGACAAUGACUGUUACUGGCUGCCAGUUGUAAACAUAGGGGAUAAGGAUUCAUUUUGUGCAAGUCCUGUUUUUUUUUUUUUUUCUUUUCGGGGAGUGGCUAACAAAAAAAAAAAGUCUGAGAAUUUAAUUCAAUAGAGCUGUGUUUUAAGCAACUCCUGUGUCGUUUUUUUCUCUUCUCUUUCCAAAGCAGCCAGUGACUUCCUUCCAGCUGCAAACGUUUCAUCGUAAGAGUGCUCAACCAUCACGACUCUGUAUGUCUGACUGCUAAGCAUCUGCUACAUUUGACUGAUAGGACCUGAGCCUAGAUCCUGUUUAUCCCAUUGCUUUCAUAUCCCGAUUGACAAGCUUGAACGGCUGCCAUGGAUGACUUUGAACGUCGCCGAGAGCUCAGGAGACAGAAGCGCGAGGAGAUGCGUGCGGAAGUGGAAAGAGUUACCUAUGAGAGAGUUGACGACGAUGAGGAGGAAGCUGCCAGAGAGAGACGCCGGCGAGCUCGCCUUGAACGGAAACGAGAUGACGGAGAUGGGAAUGAGGUGAACUCUCAGAACAGCAUUACAGUGGAAGAGAGCAGGACCAAGUCAAUAACAAGCUCAGAUCUUUCAGCGGAUGAUGAGGCUUCAUUGUUGGAGAGGCUGGCCAAGCGAGAGGAGAGGCGCCAAAAACGCCAAAAAGAGGCCAUGGAACGUCAGAAGGAAUAUGACCCAACCAUAUCUAUAACAACCAAUGAAAGUUUCUCGAUUUCUAGAAGCACCAGGAAUGGAGAGAAUGAAGUCGAAGAAAAUGAUACUUCUCCAAAAGUGAACGACUCAGACCUUCAUCAAGAAAAAUACAAAGUGGAAGAGACUGAAACAGUGGAGGAAUUUACUGAGAAGAACGAUAGUAGAGAAGUGCAAGAGGAAGAAGUAGAAACAGAUCAAGUUGAGGUCAAGCAGGAAGUUGAGGAGGAGCCACCUGAGGAACCUUUUGUAGAGGAGAAUCAGGUAGAAGUGACUUUCCAAAUUAAAAAUGUGGAAGUAUCCAAGACUAAAACAUAUGGGGAAGUGAGGAUAGAGGCAGUAGUAUCUACAGAAGAUAGCGAGCAGGAGAAGAGAGAGGCAGAACAUAGGGAGGCUAAGGAAAUUGAGCGAAUUGAGGCAGAGAAGAAGGCUGCUGAGGAAAGAGAAGGGAUAGAGGAGGCUAAACGGGAGGCAGAAGAAAGAGAAAGAGCUGUGGUUGAAAGAAAGGCUGCUGAGGAGAGGGAAAGGAUUGAGAAAGAGGCAAGACUUGAGGCUGAGAGGAAGGCAGUUGAAGAACAGGAAAGGAUAGAGGCAGAACAAAGGGAAAAAGAGAGAGCCAAGGCAGAAGAGAGGGAGCGUCACAAGAGGAUGGAAGAAGAGAGGAGGGUGGAGGAAGAGAGGAUAAAAGCGGAGCAAAAAAGGGCUGAGGAGGAAAGGAAAAGACAAGAGGCAGAGGAAAAGCGAAAAGCAGAAGAGAAAAAGGCAACAGAGGAAAAGAAAAAAGCAGAAGAGAAAAAAGCAGCCGAGGAGAAAGCUAGGUUAGAGGCCAAAAAGAAGGAGGAUGAGAAAAAGGAGAAGAAACCAGACAACAAACAGGUAAAAGACAAGAAGGUGGAGGAAAAGAUUCAGCCGGCCUUCCUAAAGAAGCAGGGAGAAGACAAAGAAAAUAAGUUUGAAGCUAAAAAGGACGAGAAAGUUCGAGCAGGCUUCAAAAAAGAAGAGGUUAAAGAUGAGAAAGGGAGAGGUGGGAAGGAAGAGUUAAAAGCCAGCUGGGAGCGAAAGAAAGGAUUUCCGGAAAGCAAAGCCCAGAAUGGAGAAAGUUUACAUGACGUUACACCGCAGAAGCUCAAACAUUUGGACAAAUUUGGUGGGGUGAAAGGACAGCCGAGUGGCGAUGAGGCCGACUCUGGAACAAAGGUGGAAGCAGGAAAAAAAUUUGAGGACCUGCGCCGUCGUAAAGGUGAGACGGACUCCGGGGAGUUUGAGAAGUCGAAGCAGAAACAGCAGGAAUCUGCAGCAGAACUGGAGGAGCUGAAGAGAAAACGUGAGGAGAGGAAGAGGCAUAUGGAAGAGGAGGAGCAGAGGAAGAAACAGGAAGAGGCAGAGAGAAAAGCCAAAGAAGAGGAGGAAAAAAAGAGACAGAAGGAGGAAAGAGAGAGAAGAAGAGCAGAAGCUGCAGAGAAACGUCAAAAGCAGGAAGAGGCGGGAGUAUCAGACGAAAAUAAAUCAUUGAAGGGUUUUACCCCAAAAAGUUCAUCUCUUACGAUUGAAGAACGGGCGGGGUUCUUGAACAGGUCAAGUCAGAAAAGUCUUAAGUCUUCACAACCAGCUGUGGUGUCCAAGAUUGACAGCCGACUUGAGCAAUACACCAGUGCAAUUGGAAACAACAAAAGUGCCAAACCUGCCAAAGUUGCUCCAUCAGACCUGCCACUGCCAGCAGAAGGUGUUCGUAAUAUCAAAAGUAUGUGGGAGAAAGGCAACGUUUUCUCAUCCCCGGGGGGUGUAACGUCACCAAACAAGGAAACAGCGGGAUUAAAAGUGGGUGUAUCCAGUCGUAUUAAUGAAUGGCUAACUAAAACUCCAGAGACCAACAAGACGCCUUCAGCAAAGCCUGCAGAUUUAAGACCUGGAGAUGUAUCUGGUAAAAGGAACCUCUGGGAGAGACCGCAAGCGGACAAGGCUUCCACACCAUCCAAGGUGACAGCUGGAGGUAAAAAGUCUGACACCAAUGGAUUAAGAUUCGAAUAGGAGCCAUAGGAAGCUUUCCAAAGCAACCAGACCAACUCAGAUAAAGUGCUAAACUGUCCUUUUUUUAUAUUUAUGUUUACUUACCAAAAACGUGUUUCUCAUUAUGCUGAAUACAACCAUGUAUAUUAGCACUGUAUUUAAUGCCCACCCUCCUCCAAACUGCUAGACAUUCAGGAGACUACAGUACUGCCUUUGCACAAGAUCUUAAAGGAAUUGUCCAGUCAGCUGCAGAUUUCUAGAACUUCCACCAAGUUCCCUCUUGAAACAAAAAGUAAAGGUUGUUCCUUGACCACAGUUUCCAUGGUACGAUUGGCAGAUUACCUCUCCUACUUCCUCGCUGUUUUAUGGUUGACUUAGCCAAUGGGCAGGUGAAGGGGGCAGUCAUAAAGCUGAAUUGCACCAUUGAAACAUGAGACCAUACCAGUUCCCAGAAAAAAAAGCUUAGCCAUACGCUAUUGCAAAUCUGUGACUAGCUGGAGAAUCCUUUUGAGAGAAGCAGCUGUGAAUCAAAUAUAUUUCUACUGAUCUUUAUUGAUUUCUUAUACCACAAAGUCAUGAUGAAUCUAGAAAGGCAGUUCCCAUGAGACUAUGCACCGAUAGAAUUAUGCUGCACUUUAGAGUAGAACAGUUUAAUAGUUUAUGUUAACAACCAUUGUCUGGUAGGAUAUUACUGAUUAGCUCAAAUUAUUAUUUUUAUUAUAUUUUUUAUUUCCUUUUAAAAACUACUUUGAAUAUCAACCUUUACACUUUGUUACAGAUAAAGCCAAUUUUUUGGUCCAUAUUAGUCAACUUUUUGGUACUUUAAUGGUUGACCGUAUAGUGUUAUAGUC